UAAAUUGUGUUUAGUGAACAAAAGCACUGUAAAUUCAAUUUAUUUUAAAUGUUGGUUACAUUACAUUAAAAAAUAACGUGGAAACUAUAUAGAUACCACCUUCUUUACAUAUCUUUAUUCAAAAAAGUCAAAAGGAACGAAAAUCAUGUCACUAAACAUGGAGAAAAAUAAUGAUAAUCCUACUAAGAAAGAAUCUAACCGUGGGACAGAUUUGUUAGACAAUUUUGCAUUGUUGAAAACAUAUGUUUCUCUAUUAGAAAACAUGAUUCAAACUCCAAAACACAGUCAGUUACAAUCUGUAGACAAGUCAUUGAGCCAAUUGUACAAUAGCGAAAUUGCAACUUUUCACGAUAAAUCAGAUGUGGAUAUGGAUUUCUUCCACGAUUUCUACAAACUCACAGGAAUACGAUGUGUAAAAUUGGAACGAAAAUCGAGUUUUGUCUUUGAAAUGUGUAGCAACAAAACCGACAAGAAGGAGAAUUACAUGGUUGAGAUAUUGAUCGAUGAUCACGGUCGUGCACUGUUAGGAGAUAGUAAAUUGCCUGCACCCGUUAAUGUGGAGGAAAUAUUAUCAAAAUAUCCUAUCGAUGUGAGCAAUAUAACACGCUUUUUGAACUCCUGCAAGCACUACGUUGAGACUUACGUUUGCCGCAAGAAACAAUUUACAGAUUUGGAGAAUUUGCUUUUAGAGAUUGCAGAUGCUGAAGUGUAUCACGACUAUGAAUUUACUUUAAUUACUAUAACAAUACCAGGUAUAAUGUACAUAAACACUGAACAAAUUUAUAAGAUUGAGCUUGACUUAUAUUAUAAACCUGAUGAAAUAAGACCUUACAAAUUAUCUUCCGCAUGUAAAGAAGCAUCAUCACGUUUCCUUAAAAAAUUGAACAAGUUCUUCAAACCUUUCCUUAGAGAAAAUUUAUGUUCGGCUUUGCUGCAAAUCAAUAUAUCAAAUGCUGAAACAAAUUUAUUUUGGCAAAAGAUUAUGAUAAAUGAUGAUAGCGUCGAAUCUUACGAAGUCGAAUCGUCAAUUGAACUUUUAAGAGGAAUUUUCAAACCGUAUCUUUAUCGAAAAAAUAAGGAAUGAAGCAAAAGACAAGAUUAUAAGAGUUUUCAUCCAAAAAUGAGAUAAAAUAAAACAAAACUUUGCAUCAAAGAAAAGAAGCACGAUACUCAUCAUAGAAGAUUCAAAAAUUGAUAUAUUUUAGAAGAGAAUGCAAAAAUAAUAUCAUGCAUGCAAAUAAAUAAUAAAAUCAAUAGAAGACCAAUAACACGAGUAAAAGUCACAAAUUAAUUUAAAAGGAGUCU